AGGAAUUCACAUCAGACUUUUUCAGAAAUUGAGCAACAGGGAUGAAGGCCCACAUUCCCUCGAGGACACGGGAAGAAAACAUCCGCGUCAGCUUUCACUCACUUGGUAUCAGGUGUACUUUGAACAGGCUUGUGUUUGGUUAGAACUCGCCUUGCACAAGAUGGGUGGGGUAGUGUGGUCUUUGUUUGUACAGACAUGGUGAAGCCUCCUGUUGUAACACAUGCUCAGGCAAAGCACGGGCCUGAAUGGAAUCUUUUUACCUGAGAAGAGCCCACGCUUAAAGAUCGCCCACUCUUUGGGGGGAAAUAACUGAUUUGAAUGUUCAAACCACAAUGGAGGCGAUCAGUGGAACCACAAAAAUCCUGGAGAAGGGGCCCGAAUACCUCCGAAAGCAAAUGGAACUUGAGAGUGAGACAAAAGGACGCAUGAGUGCGGUGGAGAGGCUCGCUGCGACCAAACUCAAAUACGUCAAGAGCAAGCCGGUGGUCAACUCAACUCAGGAGCCACUCGUCGGCCUUGGAUUGGCCUCUGUGUGCAGCAGCGGAUCCUCAAACCUAAGCUCGAGGCGCCGUGAGAACCUCUGCGUCGGGAGUGACUCGAGGACGGCGGCGUGCGGCCCUCAGAUCGCCGGCUCGCCCUCGCCCGGGCAGGUGCGUCGGUCCAGCUCCAAAAAACGACGGGACUCGCUGCUGUUUUACAGGCAGAAAUGCGAGUUGCUGACAACGUCGGCGGGCAACCGGAAACCCCGCGGAACGUGCGAGUUGUCGCUCGGCUCCGCGCGUAAAAAGGUGCCGAUACCCGAUCCAACAGAAAGGGAGCGCGAAGGUGAGCGCAGCGAGGCGGAAGCCGUCCCGCAGGAAAGGAGGAGGAAUGGAGCGGCAGAGCAGCGCAGCGCAGCAGACCGCAACACCGGCCCAAAGGCCACAACGGGAUCCCAGAGGAAAUCCGGUCUGCUGACGAUCCCCGAGUUUGAAAGGAGGUCCGGCAAAGCGGUAGGCCGGUCUCACUCUGACAUCAGCUCCAGGUACUCCAAAAGCAUCGCGGACUUUGAUGUUUUUUUCAAUUAUUGUGGGCUGGGUGCGGAUGUUGUGGAGUCUUUGGGGAAGGAGAACUUCUCGACGCGCUCGGACGGAAGUGCCGGCGCUUCCACGUCGGACAACUGCUUCUCCAGGGACAGCGGGGACAGCGACGGCCUGCUGGAGGACGAGUUGCUGGAGAAGACAAGUCAGGGGACGUCAGUCAUUGAGCGCAACGCGAGGGUCAUCAAGUGGCUGUACAGCUGCAAAAACGCUACAGAAACUGGAAAGAAGUUAAGAGACCUCGACUGAGGUGCCGACAUGAGACCUCGAAUGGUUGAUAAUAAACUCCUUGCUUUAUUCUGUGGAAAAACACUGAUCAACUGUGAUGCUGUUUAUCUUUCUUCUACCAUAAUAAUUGUACCAUUUGGUUUCUGGACAUACUGUGUGUGUGUGUCUGUGUGUGUGUGUGUGUGUGUGUGUGUGUGUGUGUGUGUGUGUGUGUGUGUGUGUGUGUGUGUGUGUGUGUGUGUGUGUGCGCCCGCCAAUUUCGGCAGAAACAUCUGGAAGAAGAUACUACUGUUGAAAAUUGCACAGAAAGCUUCCUGUCACACACAGAAACAUGGCAGCUGUUAUGUUCCAAACAUUUCCAUUGGGAAAAUAUGUAUUUGCUUGUGGUUUACUUUAUUUAUCAAACUGUGCAAUCUUCACGGAUUUACAGCACAGCUGCAACUUAAAGAUCCAACUCGUAUUAAAGAGCAAAAAUUCUGACACACCUGGAGACACAAACAAUAACAUACAAAUCCAAAAGAUGUCAUCAAUUUUAAGUUUAGGAGUUAUCAUAUUAAGGAAAACUAAGCAACUGGCCAAGAAUACUGAUUAUGACAGAUACAGUUGAGGAUAUUGCUAGUCUUUCAAUUUCUUCUGAGGAUGAAAAAUGUCAAAAGACUAUUAGUGGCCUAAAAUGGUCUACACAUGGGCUACAGAAAGAUUUGUAAUCUUCAACAGCACCACGCAGGGGCAACCGUGUUAAUGGCAAACAGGAAACAGCACAUAUUGGUUUUGUAUUCACAGUUGCAAAUUAUCUGCAAUUUGGAAAAGAAAAACACGGACAUAACACGUCUUUUAAAUACAUUUUUAGCAGCAACUGCACGUGAC